CAGUACACUGAAGAACAAGGAGCUAUCCCCAGUUAUUGGACAGAAGGGACUCCAGGGGACAAUGACAUCUAGUGGACAGUCUGAUCACAGCCCUCACACCCUGAGGAGAGCCAAAAAGCUGGCCCCGAUCCCUCCCAAAGUCCCGUACUGCCAGUCAGGAGCCAUGUCCGACCAGUCCACAGGUCAGCCGUCUCCCGUCAGCCUGUCCCCCACUCCUCCCAGCACCCCGUCCCCGUACAGCUUCAGCUACCCGCAGGGCUACGCCACCAUCGGCUCCCCGGGUCAGAUCCAGAUGGCUACCACCCCGUCCCUCUCCUCUCCGCCCUCGCUGGCCGGGACUCUCACCAAGGCCAGGCCGACCCCGAAGCCGCCGCGGCAGAGGCCCAGCUUACCUCCUCCUCAGCCCCCCAGCACACCUGGUACCAGUCCUCAGCCUCUGGAGCACUCCACGGGUCUCCUGGACGGUUUGUCUCCGGGGGAGAGCAUGUCCACAGAUUCUCUCUGCAACUUGGACAUCCCCGUUAUCAACGUGGACCUGGACGGUAUUUUUGACUUGCCCCACAUCUCCCCCUUCAGGAACUCAGUGGCGCUGUUCGAGUCGACCAACAACAGAGCGGAGUCGGAGGAAGAGUCUGAGAGCACAGUGCUAUGACGCCACUGAGUCCCCCCCUCCCCCUCCUCUUCCUCCUCUUCCUCCUCCUCCCCCUCCUCCCCCCCCCAUCCUCGGCUGAUUAAAUCCAACACGCUUCUGCCGCAACGUCUCGCUCAAACACCGCCACGCACUCAUUCAUUGACCUUUUCACCUCUGCAGCUGGAUCCGUACAAAGAGGUCUGUUUAAAAUAACACAAAAUAUACACCGAAAAGAAAUCACGAGCGAGAAAGCUGUCGGAUGACUUUUGAUCAGACACACAUUUUCUUUUAUUUAUUUAGUGUUUUAUGUUUCUUUUUGCCUUAUUUGAUUGCAAUAUUGCCUUUAACGUCACGCACACGAGACUGAAAACAGGCUGCUGGGAGGAACGAGUGCUCUUUGCUGCUGCUGCUGCUUCUCACGAGUGAAUUUAAGAAGGAAGAACAACUCGGUACUUUACAUCUGUCAAAUCUCUUCUGUUUAUCUCCCAUCUCCAGUUCCUCCUUCAUUCCUCAGGGGUAUCAGUCGAAAUGCCUCGCUCUGGCAUGUGGUGGCAACAACCCCCCCCGAAGUUCUGUCCCACCUGAGCGUUCACUGUGAGUGUGCCAGUAUGUCGUUUUGGAAAAGUGUGUGCGUGUGUGUGUGUUUAUAUGUGUAAUUGUACUUUAUGAUGUUGCACUGUUGGUGUCGUGGAGCGUAAACGGGAAUGCAUGUUUUAGAGAUUUAGUUAAAAAAAAAACAACGACCAGGUUGCAAAGAUGUAAAAAAAAAAUCACACUUUUCUCUGUAUUGACAUCAAUCAGGAUUAUCAAUCACUUAAUAUUUAUUGUUUAUAUUGUACAUUUUCAGAAUAUAUGAUACAAUUAACGUUAUAAAUCAGAUCAGAUCAUAUUUUGUAUUAACCGGAGAGC